CCCACAAAAACCGCCCUUUGAGCUGCGCCGCUAAAAGUAUACACCGCCGCUUUCACGACGUCACGCCCACGGGGUAAACAUAUCCCAGCGUGCACCGCGGCGUGGGUGGGGGGGGGGUGGUGGCCGGGCGUGGCCGCGUGGAGACGGCGCCAGAAGCCGAGUUCCAGCGCAGCUCUCACCCCCCGCGUCUCUCUCGCUGCGGCUCCGGUUUCCCGGCCAGCGGUGGAUAGAGCAAGCUGAAGCUUGACCAGCUUCAGGGCGAAUAGGAGCGCACGUCGCAGGCGGCUCCAGCCGGUUCCCGAGGAGCAAUCGAACCACAAUCGGUGCAGCGAGCGGCUCCGGCCUUGACUGCAGCAGCAGCAGCUUCAGAGGCUCCAACUCGGCUCCCCUCCCCCCGAGUCCAGCUAAAAACUUCCCGUUCAGCAGCGGAUAGAGCAAAGCGGCCGCAGCUUCACAGCGACUAUAGAAUACAUUAUCCAGCGGCGUCAGCUUUCUUACGGUCAAGCCUGAACGAUAGCUUCAGCGUCGACUUCGCAUUCAGCUAGUGGAUACAUAUCCAGCUUCAACUCCGGCCUGCGCUGCAGCUCGAUAAUCAUCAUAUCCAGAGCCCUUGAGCCUCCUGCUCCAGCGGUGGAUAAGAGCUCCAUAACGAGUCCAAACUGCAUCGUUCAGCGGCUCCAGCAGCUACCUUAACCUCACAAUCUGCUCUCCAAUAGACUCUCCGCCGCCGCCGCCACUACGUUAGUUCCAGCUCCCGCCUAAACUACGGCUCCGUAGUAGGUAGGUAGGUAGGGGGCGGGGGGGGGGGUCCAAGCUUGUCGCGACGCAUCCCACGGCUGGGAGUCGCGUCCAUUGCGACUGCAACCCUGGAUCUAGCAGCCUCGCCACCAGCUCCACCCGCGACUCCGCCUCGAGCCCAAGCCUCGACUCCGGCCUCGCCCGAGCGGGGGGGCGAUGCCUCGGGCGGCGCUCGGGCGCUGAGAGUCCACGCGGUGGACGCCGGUGCCGUCGCGACGAUGAACGUCAACAGCAACAAGACGGUGGCGGUGAACGUGGGCGACGUGGCGCAGCGCUGGAUCGAGUCCGGCGCCCUCCUCCAGCCUCGCUCCCUGCAGCCCGACUCGGGCUCUGGAGACCGGGGGGACACGGUCCUGCCGGCGGCGGCUACCACCGCCGCCAGCAACCCUCCUGCUGUCCCUCAGGUGCCCUUCCACAUCCCCGGGCUUGGCCGCCUGAGGCCGUCCUCCUACCUGGCUCUGUUCAGCGCUGUGAACAAGCUGGCUCGCCUGGACGACUUCGUGUGCGAGCUCAAGAUCGGAUCGGGAUUCUUCUCCGAAGUCUACAAGGUGCGAGACAAGGGCACGGGGAAGGUGAUGGUGCUGAAGAUGAACAUCCUGAGCAGCAACCGUGGCAACAUGCUCCGUGAAGUGCAGCUCAUGAACCGCCUCUCCCAUCCGAACAUUCUCGGGUACAUGGGCGUUUGCGUUCACGAGGGACAGCUGCACGCGCUAACGGAGUACGUCAACGGGGGUAACCUGGAGCAGCUGCUGGACAGCCCCGUGUACCUGUCGUGGUUGGUUCGCAUCAAGCUGGCCCUGGACAUCGCGCGGGGACUCAAGUACCUGCAUUCGAGGGGCGUCUUCCACCGUGACCUCACCUCCAAGAACUGCCUGAUAAAGUACGACGAUAGCGGCUACACGGGCAUCGUCGGGGACUUUGGCCUGGCUGAGACGAUCCCAAAGUGCAAUGAGAAGGGAGAGCGGGAGCGCCUGGCCGUCGUGGGUUCCCCCUUCUGGAUGGCUCCUGAGGUUCUCCGUGGAGAGAUCUACGAUGAGACGAUUGACGUGUUCUCCUUCGGAAUCAUCCUGUGCGAGAUCAUAGCCCGCGUACAGGCCGACCCGGACUACCUUCCGCGUACGGAGAAUUUUGGCCUGGAUUACGAGACUUUCCAGCACAUGGUCGGGGACUGCCCGUCCGAUUUCCUGCAGCUCGCCUUCAACUGCUGUAACAUGGACCCCAAGCUGCGGCCGAACUUCGAGGAGGUCGAGCGGGCGCUGGAGGAGAUGAGCAGGAGCAUCGAGACGGAGAGGACAGAGACCGGGUCCCCGUCCAGCCAGGGGGGCAGCACCGAGGCCGUGUGGCAGCCAGGUGCGCGGGAGAAGGGGCCAGGGUGCAAGCGCAGCAAGCCGCUGAACUCUCCGCCGGGCGACGGCGAGUCGGCGUGGAAGAGCUCGCGAUCGCGCCUGGACACGCGGCUCUCCCGCAGCCACUCGGACGUCUUCUCCCCGCACUCCAAGACGCGGGGCGGGGCGGUGGUGAGCGUCAUGGACCCCUACUACACGCCGGGCAGCGCCAACAGCGGGAAGGUGAACCCCUUCUCGUCGCGUAAGGAGCUCAAAGGCGGGCGCGUCAAGUUCUUCGACACGCCCACGCGGCCGACGCUGGCGCCCCUGGCGUUCGACCAGCCGAUGAAAGAUGCCGUGGACGGCAUGAAGCCGGAACCGCAGUCGACUCCGCAGAAAACGCAGCAGCGGCCGCAAGCGGAUGAGGACGAGUGGGACAGCACGCUGGACAUGGACUUCACGCUAAUGCCGUUGCGGACGUGUAGGUCUCUUCCCAGCUCGCCGGAGCUGCCGCGGAGAGACAUGCCGGUGCGGGCACCGGUGACUCACGCCACACUCGGCCGGGUGACGUGGCGAGCGAAUCAAGACCGCCGCCGCCACACCGACUCCCCUCGCCCGGAACUGACGUCGUCACGGCAGGGCGGCGCCGGCGACAGAGGCACGGCGGCAGCGGUGGGGGUAGCAUCGACGAGCAGUGACAGUGACCCGCUGGAACUCGACUACGUACUGAGCGAGAGCCGCUUUUCAGGCAUGAAGCUGAGCGGUGGCGGCGACGGCUGCGCCCCAUCCCGAUUCCACGCCGAGACGCCGCGCUAUCGGUGCUCGCGCGACGAGAGCGAGACGUCGAGCAGUGGGUGCUACUCGCAGCCCGGAGACGACGGCUCCACGGACUGCUCCUCCAGCUUCCACGGCAACGGCUUCCGCGGCUACGACGACGACGACGACGACGACGACGAGGACGUGACGGACGGCUCGACAGACGACGUGUGGCAGGACAGCGACGAGCAGCGGCGAGGCUGCCCGCACGGGCAGAGGUGCGGCCCGCACUCGGACGCCGAGGGGCCCGGCUGCACCGAGUCACCGGCGUACAGGGACUGCGCGUGCUCGCCGGUGUACCACCGUGCCGGGAAACCGUCCGCAACCAGGAAGGCCGUGCCAGGCUACGGCAAGACGCUGUUCUCCCCGCAGCCCGUUUCACUGAGCAGCAACAACAGCAGCACCCCCUUCGUACUGCUGCGGGGCAGCGCCAGCCCCGGCGAAGUGGCCGUGACGACGCAGAGGGCGGCAGGGGGCAUGGGCAACCGAGCGACGCUGCAGCAGGAACUGUUUUAGGCGGCGGGGCGAAACGCUCGCCACGGCAGCGUGCUUCUGUAAUCGUUUAUUUGCUGUGAAGUAAAUGUAAGAAGUGGACGUGCGUGCGCACACACACAAGCACAUACGUACGGACGGAUGCGCGCACUUGUAAUCCGGUGCCCGUCUGGGCGUGCGCGUGCGUGCUCGCUCCAGAUUAAGAGAGACAUUUCUCAAUGCUGAUAAACACGCUCUGAACUCGAACGCACAUAUGCAAGGGCUGUACAAACUCUUUAUGCUAAAUUUGGUUUAAAACUAAAAGAUUGUUUUUUUUUUUUCCCGUCUCAGAAAUUGUGCAUCUAUUUAAUGAAAGUCAAGGUUGUAAAUAAUUUUAUAAUUUAUUCCUAUUGAUGCUGAAUGUCUUAAAUGUUCUUUAGCAAGCCGAGGCAGGUCAGUCUUGCCACCAGUCCAGGCUUCUAAGGAGCUGUUGAUAUGCGGGCACCUCCGUCGCGUGUAGAAACGGCUGCUCCGACCCGCGGGCAAACAGUUGACACAGGCGGAGCCGUCCCUAGGGUACGGCUAAUCGGAAAGCGACUGCCCUGGGCCCCGUACUUUGGGGAGGCCCCGCGCAUCGACGGCACGAUGUCAGAUGUAAUACUUCCGGUUUAGUUUCAAGCCAUCGGGGGGGGGGAGGGGGUGGCGGCACACGGUGUGAUUUGCUCCGGGCCUCGCAGACCGCUAUGGAUGACUCGGGCCACAGAGCGUGAACUGUCCCUGCACAUGAACCUUAACGCGGCGGUGGCGAUGACAACGACGUUGCUCGUUCAGCCAACUGCUGUUUGGAAGUGGCCGUGGCUCAUCUCGUAACUGUGCCGCUGUAAUGGGGAGGGGCAUCCACCCUUCGGGAUAAGUCACGUCCCGUGGCCCGUUGAUCCGUGCAACAACAAACCCGUUGCCAAGUCCUCGCGAAUCGUUUGACCUACGUCUCGUUACCGGCUGUAAUUUUGCUGUCUGCGUAACAGUGACUCAAUGUAAAGGUUCUACGUUGACAUAGUUUUGAGCGUUGGACUGUUGCUGUGCGUCGUUUACCGGACUCCCAAUCCCGUGUUCGAUCGAAGCCGCCCCUCGCGAUGGCCCACUCGGAGUUGAGACGCUGAGGUCAUCGGCAUUCGCGAAAACCGUUACCGUCAACGAGCGUGCAACGUGCCCCCCCCCCCCCCACGAAUCGAUGUAAAUGACGCACAGGUUGAUCAGGUCAAUGCUAUCUCUGCGAUGAGCCUUCGUCGCGUCACCGAUACGGCUGCUUUUUGUACAAUCGUCUUUGUCCACCUCCCUUGCCCACCUCCUCCGGCCAGCGUAAGCGAAAAGUCAAAAUGCCUUCCAAGACCGAAGGCCGUCUGCGUGGCGUUGUGGAGGAGGAGUGCCGCGCCGGGCCGGGCCGCCCCCCCCCGCCCCCCCCCCCCACCUCCGCGUGUUUCACGUCGUCGUAAUCGAACGUCGUGUUGCUUCGCCUUGCACCUGUGCCUUGGCUAUCUUGCUUAGCGCCGAACACUGAAGCGGCAGUCUCGAGUAGAGCGGGUAACGACUCGCAGGAUGCGAACGAGCGGAGGCGGGUCGCGUCGCCGCGCGCCCGUAGUAGGCGCGAUGGAUCGAGGGCCUUUGCCGCGCGACCGUCACUCGCGGCGGUGAGGAUGGCACACGGUGAGGGUGAAGGCGGUGCGCGUGGCGUUCGGACCGCCGGCCCCCGACUCGCCCCAAGCGUUCCCGUUUCAGCUUGGACGUUUUAUUUUUUGUCUCGGCACUUGUGGGGGAGGGGGGGGGGUUGGUCGGCAGCGUCAGCUCGUGUCCAUUCUGCGUUGAGGGGUUGUUCCAUCGUCGAUCGUGGUUUUUUUCUCUUUUUCUUCGACGUUCGUCUUCGGAAUCGAUAGCCGAAUCUGGUUCAGUUCUAGCCGGAGCGAUCAGCGCGAGGGCACGAACGCGGUUUGCCCACCAACUUACAGGUGAUGCCAGCAGCCCGGCUUAUCAGCAGCCGCCUCAAGGUGGUGACGUCCGCAACGUAAACAAGUCCUGGAAUUUGUUUUUAUUGUCGAACAUUUCGAUAUUUGUGUGCGACGAACCGAUUUCCCCCCCCCCCCCCCCCCCCCCCCCAUCUUCAUGCGAUUAAUGAUCACGCUGAACAACCGCGUCCAUUAACAACGCGAGGUCCGCGCGAGGAGCAGAGCCGGGAGGCGUGCAGGGUGGGGGGCUCUCGUGGGCUGGGGCAGCGGCGCGGCGCGGCCCAAAGGCUUCCCGAUGGGCCUGGCGUGCACGCAACUCGUCAGUGCUGCUUCUUUGGAAAAGACCAAAGACAAACGUUGGAUAAUACAUUGAUUGUUUAUGUUUGCGUCCUGUCUGUUAACCCCCAAUUUGUAUAGGUCCCCCCCCCCCCCCUAAUUGAACAGCAAUAAAGUUUUCUUCAACACUCGUCCGCUGCCUGUCUGCGUGUCGGUGUGAGAGUGACAGGGGCGUGAACGGCCGCCGCGUGCUACCCGAGUGCCUUAUCGGAGAACGCGACUCAAGAAUCGAUUCUGAAGUUUUCUUUUUUUGGGGGGGGAGAUUGUGCUGGAUGUAGCGCCUGAUGUGGCUGGCCGAGUCACCUGUAUCGAUCGCAACGUAUCCCGGCUCUGGGUUCGGAUGUUGACGGUCAACUUAAUGCCUGGACUUCGUAGCUGCCGGGGCCCACCUUUCGACGUCAACCCCCGGGCGCGUCCGUCUCAGGCCCCGCCGCCUCCGAUCUCCCGAGGAGGAGCAGGAGGUGCGGGAAUUAGAGUUCUAAAAAAGCCUCGCUCUAUGGCCAACUCACCUGUCUGACCAAAUCAGUUUUUGCAAAUGAUUGUGGGACUCCUCUUACAAUGUAUGGUCGUUGAAAAUAAUUAUUACACGCAACAGGUUAAACGAUUGUUUCAUGCCAUGUGUGCUGUGUUUUUAAGUUUCAAGUUAAUUUUGUGUUAACCAGGUGAAAACUCGAAACCAGGAUGAGUCUCCUUUGCAUGAGUGACCUGGAACAUGAGUCUGCUGCCAGUCGGAGACGGUGAUUGCUAUAUGUAUAAUCGCAAUAGUUAUUUACGGUUUAAAUUCCAAAUUUGCCAAUUAUUGACCAUGACACCGGGGCACACAAUGGCCUACCGUCGCCAAUGUCAGGGCAUUAGCACAGUUGGCUACGUGUGGUGCGAAAGAAGUUAUGCACACGGGGCAUCUUUAACGUCCACCGUGAAGCAGCUGGCGCGUAGUAUUGUCACGGUUAUGACGCCCCCAGUAAUAACCAGGGCGGCCUUUGGAGUCGAACCGCGAUCGUCCGCAACAGGCUGGGCCGUGACACAGCCUUCGUGUGCGAGGUCACUGGAGCAUACCGCAGUGGCGAGAUGUUAACAAACCUCGCCUGGUAUACAGCUGGUCGUGGGU